AUAGUCAGCCGAUAGUCGGACUUUUUUCCUCAAGCACGUGAGCAAUCACGAAAAACCGCAUAUAAAGCGUCGUCUACAAUGACAGCAGGAGUAUGUGGGAGUAUGCAGCAGACGUAAACAAUGACAUAGCGGCGUUAUUUUGUUAUUUCCAAGUGUGUCGAACGCAUGUGCAUUUGAACAUGUCAUCCGUUCGGGAAAACGCUUGUGCAGUAACAGGAUCCGGUAACAGAGUGCAAUUUCCUGAAAUAAUCGACGACAAGAUAAGCACCGAGGAGUUUUUGCAGGCCGCUCGGGAUGUCGUGCUGAUAGUCGAUAAAUUUGGCAAAUUGUUUGCGCCCAUACGAUACGACAUGCAGGGCAACAUCGAUAAACUCACUACCAGGUAUUCUAUGGAUAAAAUCGCUAACUCGACUCUGCAAGACAUGAUCUUACUCGAAAAAUCUACAGAAAAAGAUCUCAUUGCGGUUGACGCCUUAAUGUGGUUAAGAAGGGCCUUGCAUAUGAUUUUAUUAUUCUUCGAAAGAAUCGUGGAAGAUCACAAAACUGGGGAAUCAACAGAAGAUCUGGUCGCAUUCUUGAGAGAAGCGUACAAAGAAGUUUUUGAGCCCUAUCACGGUUGGAUGGCACAACAAUUGUUUAAUCUCCUAUCACGUAUGACACCUUCCCGUUCACAGCUCUUACUAGCAUUAGCGGAUGGAGAAACGGGGAAAGAAGAAGUUACUUUAAAUAAUAUGGAGCUUUCCUUAAUAAAUCUGAGGAAAAAUGUGAUAGCUUUAAAGGCAUUUUAUAAUGAUCAUAAUCUAGAAGUAUAUACUGUGGUAUAAUGUAAAAUAUAUUGUUAAAGUUCGA